CUAAGCGGGGGCAGCACCACCGUCACCAGCAGCAGCACGGCAACACCAAAACGAAAGAGACAAACAAAUCAAAAGGAAAAGAAAAGUCCAAAUAGCCAAUCGUAGCAGAGCUAGAGGGAGGGAGAGAGACAGAGAUAGAGAGAGAGAGGGCUUCCCUCCAUGAAUUGAUUGGCUUUCGUUUAUUUCAUCUGUUUCCUCUCUUUCGUGAAGAUUCUUGAACUCAGAAGUCAGAACUGAGAGAAGACAACUUCUUAUCCAUUUCUCUCUCUGUGUCUUCUGGUUAUCUGUGUCUCUCGGCCAUGGCCGAGCUGGCCCAGGCCGAAGUGUACGCGCCGUCGCCUAAGCCUCUCCAAGUAUGGAGGACUGUGUUGAGUUGGUUGGUGUUUUUCUUCCAAAUCUUCCUUCAGAUCCUGAGGGGAACGCCUUCCAUAGCUCAGGUUCUCUCUUAUGUCGGACUUCGACACCCUUUGCUUACCUCUUCCUCUUCGUCUCCCUCUUUUAAGCCCUUGCCUGUCGUUGAACUCCCUCUGCAAGAUUCGCUUCCCACGGAUUCCCAAAUUUGCUGCAGCGGCGACCUCGUUGUUGAUGACCGGAUCGAGAAACUUACGGUGGUUCUUGACUUGGACGAGACAUUAGUAUGUGCGUAUGAGACAUCUAGCUUGCCUCCCAUUGUUCGUAAUCAAGCUACAGAAGCUGGGUUGAAGUGGUUUGAGUUGGAAUGUAUAUCCUCAGAGAAGGAAUGUGAUGGAAAACCCAAGGUCAAUCAUGUCACGGUGUUUGAACGUCCUGGUCUGCAUGAAUUUUUGAAGCAGAUUAGUAAUUUCGCAGACCUUGUGCUAUUCACCGCUGGGCUUGAAGGUUAUGCUAGACCUCUUGUUGAUAGAAUAGACGUUGAAAAGAGAUUUAGCCAUCGACUUUAUCGGCCUUCAACAAUUAGCACGGAAUACCGGGAACACGUGAAGGAUCUGUCUUGCUUAUCAAAUGAUCUCUGUCGAAUUGUUAUUGUUGACAACAACCCAUUCAGUUUCUUGUUGCAGCCACUGAAUGGAAUACCAUGUGUCCCAUUUUCUGCUGGGCAGCCUUGUGAUGAACAGCUUUUGGAGGUGCUUCUGCCACUCCUUAAGCAUCUCUCUUUGCAGAAGGAUGUAAGGCCUGUACUCUAUGAAAGGUUCCACAUGCCUGAAUGGUUUCAGAAGCAUGGAAUCCCCGUUUCUGACUUGACACUGUAGGUACGGAUGAUAUAUUGGAAAGCCUUGGUCCUCAUAAUCAAAUGUCUGCACAGAAGCACAUCCCUGAAUUUGCAAUGCAAGUUACCAUAUUUAAGGUGGAGGCACCAUUGACAAAAUUCUCGAAUUUGCUGAAUUUGUUUGUUAAAGUCUGCAUGUAGGCAAAAUUUCUAACUGUGAAUUUUAGAAUGGUUCUGGCUCCAAUUGCCCAUGUGAUUUGGUUCUGUAAUUAAAUGUUGUGGGUGUUUGGAUAGUUGUACUUCGUCAAAUGCUAUUGCUGUAUGUGUUGAAAGAGUAGGAAGGCAUUCAUUGUAAUUGAACGUUCUGAAUUAGGUUGUAAUUGAACGUUCUGAAUUAGGUCCA